AUGAGAACAGUGAAGAAAGGCGCAGCAAUUUUCGAAGCCAACCACAUCGCCGCCGCCUCACAGCGCCAACGCUUAAACAGCCCCGACAUACCCACGCUGCUAGCAAACAUUCCGUACACCAUUCAGCCUUGUAAGUCAUCUUUGUACUAACCGCAGCACCCGGACUAGACCGGCUGCUGUCUCCUCGUCCAGCUCUCCCUCAUCGUCCACACCGACAACAAACAUUGGCCGCACAUUUUCAUCCCCCAAUAUCCUCCUCCUCCUCCUCCUCCUCCUCCUCCUCAUCCUCCUCCUCCUCCUCCUCCCCUAUUGCCUCAUAA